UAGGACGAGCGAAUUGAGUGGAGACCUUGAGCAAGUGAAGAGUGUCGCGGGAGAGGCGGAAGCGCAGUACGCGUGAGCGCAGCCGAGCGUGGUCCGCGCCUGAUGGCGGGUUCCUACGGCUGGCGGGCGAUCCUAUAAGAAGCGCCGCCUGCCGCCUGCCGCCACGUCCCGACAAAGUUGCAGCCAUGUGGACAGCCAAGCUGGUGCUGGUGGCGGCUCUCGUGGCGGCGGCCUCUGCCCAGUUCGGGGGGACGGACCCGGGCGGUCUGCUCAACGACCCGGCUGCGCUCACCGAGAUCAUACAGUGCCUGCUGGCCAACUCGGACUCAGGUUGCUCGCUACAGGGACGUCUGCUCAAGAGCGUGCUGCCGCAGCUGCUGCAGUCCAACUGCGGCCAGUGCAGCGAGGCGCAGCGCCAGGACGUGGCCAACGUGCUGCGCCACCUGGUCAACGACAGGCCGGAGGAGUGGCAGCGGCUCGCCGCCAAGUACGACCCGGCGGGCACCCUGCGCACCCAGCACGGGGACGAGUGGCGCGCGCGGGGCGUCAACAUGUAGCCGCGACCCUAACACGUUGAGGUUUCAUAGAAAAGCACCAUAGAAAUCACCAAUGAACUUACGGUCAACGCUCACAACACUGGAGUUUACCAAGUUGAACCACACCAGCACCUCCGAAGCAUCUGACGUAAAGGAACGUUACUUCCUUCAAAGAAUGUAUGCUGCUGCCACUAUCUGGUACUCACCAAAUUGCACCUUCGCGUCAGGUACCUGAUGUAGCGACUGACAUGAAACUAGUGACAAUUACAUUAAAAUACGUAUAUGGACGCCAAAGAAAUCUGUUGUUAUGUUUUUUGUUUGCACGCCAAGCACUGACGAAUGUUUUUAGUGAAAUGCUGUACGACUGUAUUAUCUACGAAAUAAAUCUCGGGAUAAACUUCUGAUUCAAAUGGUGGCAACACAACGACUGUAAUUUCGUAGUUUUCGGCGAUAGAAGUGAAUCUUUGUGUACGAAAACUUCCAGCGACCCGAAACUGCAUAUACAGUUCUGCUGCCACCUUCACUUCUACGACCAGCGAUUGAGUUCAGAAAGAUAUACUAACAGUUUGUCGACAUUGAAGUCUCACAUACCUUAAGGUAACAAAUGUUAUACCUGACAGGAAAUUAACCACAUUUCUAAUACUAAU